AGGAAACGACGAAAAAUUUAUAAGGGAUAUAAUAGACAAAAAAUUUUGUGUCAUGCACAAAUUUUAGUUGCUUUGUGUUCGCAAUUUACUUAUAUAGCUUUAAUGAUAGAAGACGAAACUAUUGUGGAAAAUCCGUUUGAUCUCUUGAGAUAUGUAACUUGGCCAAAUGUCCUUUUAUGUUUAAUUGUUAUAAUGAUGAUUAAAGGAGUUCGCGAAGAAUCAGGAUGUAUAAUGCUCUUAUUUUACAUUGCUAGUUUUAUUCUUUAUGGAUUUUAUGUUUAUAUAUCAAUAGACGCAAUUAAAGUAUUAACUUCACAAGACUAUUUAGAUAACCCUGGAUAUAUAUUAGAGAAAAAAAUUGAUCUUAUUGUGAAUAUAAUUUCAUUUUGUAUAACAACAAUUACAAUGAUAAACUCAAUAAUUUGCCAUAAGAAUUUCGGAGCGGAAAAAAAAUUUAAAGAUCAUCUUUUAAAUGAUGAACUGAAACAUUUUAAGGAAUCAUAUUAUUAUAAAGAUGAUAUUGAUGAAUAUUAUAAUAGUAACAACCCUUGAAUCAUGUAUCCUUUGUAUAGUAGUAUUACAG